AUGGCGUUCAUCACUGACCGUGGGACGUAUUGCUACAAAGUAAUGCCGUUCGGUCUCAAGAACGCAGGCGCGACUUAUCAACGCCUUGUCAACAAAAUGUUCGCUGAGCGAUUGGGAGUAACAAUGGAAGUAUACAUCCAUGAUAUGUUGGUCAAAUCCAAAAUGGCAGCCGACCAUAUCGACCAUCUUAAAGACUGUUUCCUCGUCUUGAACAAAUACGACAUGAAACUCAACCCCACGAAGUGCACUUUUGGCGUUACGCCAGGCGAAUUCCUUGGUUAUACAGUCACGCAACGAGGGAUCGAAGCAAACCCAAAGCAGAUAUCCACUAUCCUGGACCUCCCUAGUCCUCGCGAGGUGCAACGGUUGACCGGACGCAUAGACGCUCUCAACUGGUUUAUCUCGCGAUCAACGAUAAGUGCCUCCCUUUCAACGACCUGUUGCUGGGCAAUAAGAAAUUUAUUUGGGACGAGCGUUGUGAAGAAGCAUUCGAACAGCUCAAACACUACCUUACUACGCCACUCGUUUUGGCAAAACCUGAGAAAGCUGCCGAAUGGUAUCUGGAUUUUGCAUGUCGACGGAUCAUCGUCUAGUAGAGGCUCCGAGAUUGGCUUCCAUCUCCAAUCUCCAACCGGUGAACUGCUCCAACAGUCCUUUCGGUUGGGUUUCAAAGCAUCCAACAACGAAGCUGAAUACGAAUCUCUCAUCGCUGGUCUACAUCUAGCACAAGCGGUUCAAGCAAAAUGUAUUCAAGCAUACUGUGACUGUCAAUUGGUAGCCAACCAGUUCAGGGGCGACUAUGAUGCGAAGAACGAACGAAUGGACGCUUACCUCAAAGUCGCGCAAGAUCUCGCCAACGAGUCUGAGUCUUUCCAACUUACAAGGAUCCCUCGCGGUGAAAAUGUCUGUGCAGAUGCUCUAGCAGUGCUCGGGAGCAAUCCAAGAGAUCAGGUCAAACGGACCAUCCCGAUUCAACACAUCGACAAACCUAGCAUCACCCUUUCGCACGACGAAUGCGAUGGAUAUAAGUGGCUCGACCGAUCGACCUGA